GUCAAAAAAUGAACACACCAGCAGUGUGUGGAGGACCUGAAAGUGGCACAUGGCAGAGUGUGGCGAUGGAGACAGCAGCAAUGUGGAGGCCGUACAGGGACUUGAUCCCAGACUUGGACCUGGCAAGCACUUCAUGGGAGUGCUUUGGUAUUGUGGGGCCAUGGCAGAUUAGGGCGUAUUCAUGGCUCCCCGCUCCUUCCAUGGGAGGCCCGGUAAUCUGCCAGCACCCUACCCCCCCCCGAAAAUUCUACACACUUUGUGUGUGAGGUGAGUCUCCUUCCAAAGGUGCACAUGAGAGUGCUGGCGAUGUGACACAGCGGCACCCCUGGGAGGGCCGUACAGGGGCCUCAACAUUGUCAGUGGGGCUGAGCCCACCAGCAUG